AUGUCGGACAGAAAACGCAGUUCUAACUGGCAAAUGUCGGAAAAGAUGUUGCUUGUGGAUUUAGUGACUGAACAUUUCAGUAUAGUAGAAAAUAAGCAUACCGAUGCUGUUACCAUGAAACAGAAAAAUGCGGAGUGGUUUGAGGUCCGCCACGGACCUGCAAAGCCUAAGCUUGAGGACAACCUACUAUACAGAAAAUUCUUGGCUUUGAUAUCUACGACGGUAGUUGGACUGGUAAAUGAAUAUGACAGUGAUAACAUGCGCAAUAAUCAUGUUAUCAUUGAACAGAUUCCUAGCAACGCAUUGGCUUCCGCUAAAGGUACACACAAUUUGAUAUCUCAGUAUAAUUGUUGA